AUGGAAGGAUCUUCAAAUUCUAAUUUCUUUCAUUCAAAUAUUAAGAUUAGGAAAACAACAAAUGCCAUUUGUGAACUGGAGGAAGAAAAUGGGAAUUUGGUAUCUGAUCAAGCAAGAAUCAGUGACAUGUUAGUGAAUUUUUUUGAACAAAGAUUUAAAUCUCAAGAUGUGGUUGUUAAUGACUCUAUUCUUGAUGUCAUACCUAAAAUUAUUAUUGAAUCAGAUCAAUUUAUGCUUGAAGUGAUCCCUGAAGCAGAGGAGAUUAAAGCUGCAGUUUUUGGAAUGGAUGGAGAUAGUGAACCAGGGCCUGAUAGUUUCUCAGGUAUGUUUUACAAGUUCUUCUCAAGUAUGGUUUUUCCAAGGAUUGGUCAGUGGUUAGAAGUUCUCUUAUCAUCUGCCAAAAUAUCUGUCAUGGUCAAUGGUGGGCUAAAUAGUUUCUUCUCAAUGCAAAGGGGACUCAAACAAAGGGAUCUUUUAUCUCCAAUUUUGUUUGUUUUAAUGGAGGAAGUACUAAGCAAAAAUCUGACAAGGUUGGUGGAAACAAACAAGAUUCAACCAAUGGUAACAAGAAAUGGUAUUGCUCCUACCCAUUUUCUUUUUGCUGAUGACAUUUUCCUUUUUAGUAAUGGUUCAAAGAAAAGUAUUCUCAAUCUUUUACAAUUACUUGAUGAUUACCAACUUUGUUCUGGUCAAAGCAUUAAUAAAGUAAAAAGCAAGUGUUUUAUUGAUGGUUGUUCUAAUGUCAGAAAAGCUCAGAUUGCAAACAUUUUACAAAUGGAGUUAACUUCAUUCCCAGAUAAAUAUUUGGGAGUCAUUAUCCAUCCAGGGAGAGUUAAAACUGCUACAUUAUGGCCAAUGGUUGAAAAGAUGCAAGAAUAUUUGGCAGUCUGGAAAGGGAUGAUUUUGACUAAACAUGUUCUUAGUAGCAUUCCCAUAUACAAUAUGGAUGAGGAUUGGGGAUUAGAAGAUUUUUCAGAUAUUAAUAAAGCAUUAUUAAUGAAAAUGAUGUGGAGACUCAUUAGUUCUAAAGAAGAUUGGUCAUUAUUUUUUGCAGCCAAGUUUAAAGACAAAAAUGGAAAAUGGACUGAGAAAUGGAAGCUUUCUUCUGUGUGGCCUGGAUUAAAAUGGGCUUGGAAAUCUCUUAAAUGUGAUGCUAGAUGGCUUAUAGGAAAUGGAGAGUAUACUUCUGUUUGGUUUGAUCUCUGGAAUGGUGAAUUCCCUAUAAUUGACAGAACUGGUUUUACUGAAUAUGUUAAAUCCAAUUUGUAG